AUGAGCAUAUUCUCAUUUGGCUUGUUCAGGUCCGAAAGUGUUUCUGUGGAAGCCAAUGAAUGCUCAGGGAACAUGGGGGAAUCUUCUGAUGAUGACGACCCUCUUCACAUUGAUGAUGAGCUGCAGACUAACAUAUCACCUCUGCCGGUGCCAUCCUGUAUAAUGGGUUAUGCUGGUAGAUUGUAUGAUCCAUUGAAGAUAUUGUGGUUAAAACUACGAAAGUUAGGAUGUAUCGUGGAUGCAGUUCAGGUCAAACCUACUCGCAGGAAACUAAAAUGCAAUGUGGAUCGCUGUAUAUUCAAAGGUGGACCGUUUGAGAGUAUUCAGUUGAGCUGCACUCUUCCACCGAAUGUUGAACUUGCAAUCCGGUGGAUUUGUAUCUGCGUGUCGGAUAUAAGUCGACAAAAUGACUACAUCAUCAAAUUUAUCAAUCUUCUCGAGAAAGGGAAAGGUGGAACUUUACCACCUACACAGAUUGCGUCACGUGAACAACUGAUUUCUUUCCCAUUUCGAGUUUGCAAUCGUCAUUUCUCCACAGAACCUGACGAAGGUAUUCCAGCAGUGCCGAAGUACCACCUUCCCGGGAAACUGCCGAUCUCCAGAGAGGAUAUGCUGUCGAAACUCCGUCGUCGCUAUAUAUUUUUAUCUGAAUUGGGUUAUGAAGAUCUUGAGAUAGAUAAAUUAGAGCCAAAUGGUGUUUUGCCUCGACCUUCGGAUGCACCGCUUUCGUGCGCUGUUCCUGGCUGUCGUAGUAAGUCCACUGACAUUUCUAUUUUCACUGGAAGGUUCAUGAAGAUGUUCUCAGUCCAGUCUAACAGUGUCGAUCAUGGUAAAUGGCGUUUAGCCAUACAGAUGGGGCUAGGGCUGCCCAAUUCGUUUGCUUUGACUUUACCGGACCGUGCACGCAUUUGUGAAAUGCAUUUUACCGAAGGAAAACGCUAUUCGAGAGGUUCUAUGAAGGAUCCUUCCAUCUUUCGCCGGCUGGUCAUGGGAAGUAUGAACGCUUCACUUUCUCAUCUAGGACCGCUACGUAUAGUACGAUGUGCCGUGAACAGUUGCGCAAAUCACGAGGAAGAUACAGUUUGUGUGCCGUUCCCCAAAUCCAAAGAUCCUCUUCACAGUCAGUGGGUCAUCGCUUUAGCCGAAGCUGAUGAAUC